GUGCGCAUGCGCGGCUAUGCUGUCCACACAAGGUCAUCUGCACGUGUACCGGCUUCUAGAAGUUCAUUCGUGUUGUUGCAGCGCUCAGGGACAAGCUGGUGUAGCUUAGCUGUGGUGUAUUGACGCUGUUUGCAACAAAGUUUCUCUAAACAUGGCGAGAGGAAGUCGCAGUCGUCCUUCAGCACCAGCAAGUGCUCCUGCUCAGUCCUAUGCUCCAGCUCCAGUGGCUCCUCCUACAGCAGCGGUGGCCCCUGCACCUGUCCAGCCCAAACAGCCAGGCCUCAUGGCUCAGAUGGCCACAACAGCCGCAGGUGUGGCUGUGGGCUCGGCCGUGGGCCAUGUGAUGGGUAGUGCAUUAACCGGUGCCUUCAGCGGAAGCAGCUCGUCAGAAGCCCCAAGACCGGCUCCUGCACAUCAGGAGCCCGCACGAGGUGCUCCUCCUCAGGCUGGGCCAUGUCUUUUCGAAGUGAGGCAGUUUCUCGACUGUGCUACCACUCAGACAGACCUCAGUUUGUGCGAAGGCUUCAACGAAGCUCUCAAACAGUGCAAAUUCUCCAACGGUGUUUCAUCGCUGGUGUGAAGAGCAUUAUGAGAGCAAACACUAAACACAGCUGUCCACUUGGUACAAAUCCUCAAGAUCCCCUCCAGCACUACUAUUUACAUUGUUUCAUAGUUCAAAUAAAUAGCUGCUAUUUA